UCGACACGCCCAUCUUGCACCCUUAUAGACUGGUGAGCAUACCCGCCAGUCACAUCAAAGGCGCUGUUGCUCCACAGUGGUAACAUGGCGGCCAGGUACUGGCUUGGUGUCGUCAUUUGCCUUGCUGUUGUAUCCGAAAAUAACUGUCAGCGCACAUGCAGUCUGACAGCUGGCCGUCUCCCCAUCUCUGUCAAGUACUGCACUGAUCCAGCAGGACACCAAAUACCAGUCAACCAACACUCAAGUCUGGCCAGCCGCACUACAUGCACAGUCACCUGCCUUGAGGAUGCCAAGUUACGGUACCUGGUCUGUGAUGACGGAAUCUGGCAUAUGACACCAAAUCUAUGCAAAGGUCAGACAGAUCUCCAGGUGGUACCAAAGCGUCGUCCAAAACGUUGGUUCUGGGUAGCAGUUAUAUUCAUCCCUUGGGGCUCAAGACAAGGCCCUCCUCCAGACCGCUCUCCUCCUGUAGUUACCUGCCCCGUGGAUAUCCAUACGUUCUCCGAUCCCAUCCAGACAAGUACCAAGGUCUACUGGAACGACGACGACGCGUCAGCCUACGACAGCAAAGAUGGAGCUAUUGCAGCCAAACGGGCGAGCAGAAAGCGGUCCGGCUACUUGUUUGGUGAAGGAAGGACAUAUAUCACAUACACAGCCAGAGACAGAGCAGGGAACAUGGGGUCCUGUGUGAUGACGGUCACUGUCACAACUAUCAGAUGUUCGCCUGGGCCAAACAAGACCUUCAAGAACGGCUACUAUGUCUGCCAUCCUAGCGCCGACUUCGUCUAUGGUACCAACUGCAACUACGGCUGUUACUAUGGUUACAAGAUAAAGGGUUCAAAGCACAGACAUUGCAAGCAGAAUGGCCAAUGGUCAACUACGGUAGAGCCAGCUUGUGAAACUGUCACGUGUCCACCUCAAUCCCUUGCACCGGAUGCCACGUUUACGUGCACUGAUGGCACUAACUUCAAGAGUGCAUGUUCCUACAUGUGCAAACCCGGAUAUGACGUCAAACCCGGAAAGUCACGUGUCCGAGUUUGUGCAUAUGAUGGUCAGUGGCGAGGUGCCAUUCCGGAAUGUGUAGAUUCGGAACCACCGAAGUUCACCAACUGCCCAAGCGUUAAGACGUAUUUCACAGAAAGGAGCUCCUCCCUGGCGUUAGUGGACUGGGACGUCCCCGCUGUCACAGAUAACAGUCGGGAGUCCAUCACACCCAUACAGACAUCUGGCAUAUCUAACACAGACUACCAUCCCGUGGGUGUAUAUGAAAUAAUUUACACAGCAGCGGACAGCGCCGGAAAUAAGGCCAGGGAAUGCAAGUUCAAGGUCGUUGUGAAAGAACUGAAGUGUUUCGCCCAGUACCCGCUCCCCUACAUGAGAGUGGACUGUCCCGAGGGGUACCGGCACGGGUCUACAUGCUCCUUCAGCUGUACUGGUAACUACGUCUUAGAAGGUGCAAAGGCCACCACGUGUGAAUUAGCCAACUCUGAUAAUGGACUUGCCUACCCAUACUGGCACAUGUCUUCACAGCCCUCCUGCAGCUUCUUCAACACCUGCCGAGAAUUAUCACCACCUACCAACGGAGCUCUGGCGUGUGACCUUUGGGAAGAUGGAAAUUUCUGUCAGAUGCAGUGCAUGAAGGGAACUGACCUCACAAGGUCUACAGCACAUUUUGGACAAUUAAUGGUAUGUGGGGAAUCUGGAGACUGGAAGAUUGGCCCCCUCCCUAUUCAAGAACUACCAGCGUGUACAAAGUCUCGCAGACCAACAGACACAAUAAUGUCAGUGCUGUUCUACUACGAUGGUCCGUGCACGGAGGAAGCUGCCCAGAAUCAAAUAAAAACAAAUUUCCUGAACGCAUUCAAGGAAAGCCCUUUCAGCGAAACUCUCGGACAAACAGAGAGGACGAUUGCCAAUGUCAAGGUGACCUGUGGCUCUUCUGAUAAUGGAAGAAGAAAGCGAGAAACUCGUGUGCCAGUGAAAGUUGACAUCCUCCUUUCCCUCGAUGGCGACCUGUCCAGAGAAACCUUCAAGGAUGCUGAGAAGACUCUUCUGAACCUUCAUAACCAUAUUACCGAGGACAUAAAGGGCAACAACUCCAAGCUGUUUCAACACCUCGAUCAGAAAGUCCGAUCUGAGAUGGAGAUAGAAAGGCCAACAAUUGAGCUGGAUUGCCCGCUUGAUACCUUCCCAUCGUACAACACAUACAGCUGUGUUGGAUGCGGAGAAGGUCUGUACCACUCAGAGGGAGACAACAGCUGCAAGGAGUGUCCUAUUGGAACCUACCAACCCGAGGCUGAAGGUCGUGGCUGUAUCCAGUGCCCUGAUGGAAGAACAACUUUGCAAAAUAAAACUACAACUGUUGAAAGAUGUCUUCCCAUGUGUCAACUUGGGCAUUUCUCGGAAAACGGUGUUGAGCCUUGCACUCCGUGCAGUCAAGGACAUUAUGCAGACAACGUGGGUUCUACAGAGUGCACAGCCUGCUCGGGCGUCAUGACGACAGUGUCUCAAGGCUCAGAUAGUGUCACCUCCUGUAGACAGUUUGACGUGGCUGUGUCUAGUUCUCAAAACGCCAGUGUUCAGCUGGAAGUCGCCACAAAAGAGUUUGAUAUUCAAAGCGGAUUUGAACUUCGUUUUUGGCUGGUGUAUGAUUCAGCAGGAGACGUCAUAUCUCUGACAUCUGGAGAUAAGCAAACUAGUAUUCUGUCCAUCUCCAUGACAACAACUUCUGAAAUGCAGCUACGUGUAAAAGGGACAGUGCUCGAUGUGGCGGUCCUGAACACAAGCCGAUGGUAUCAGAUAAAUAUCAACUACAUCAACAAUACACUCUCCAUCAGUGUAAACGAGGUCCAGCGUCUCACGCACGCUGUAUCUUUUGACGCUUAUGAUGGCCAAUCUAUUCUGGUUUCCAUGGGAGGUGCUGGCUUUGAGGGCAGUGUAUCCCAUGUGAACAUGUGGCGUUCCCCCCAGACAGUUCCGUCACCAACGUCACACACUUGCUUCACGGGCAGCCUCGGGGACGUCUUCAACUGGAAAGACUUCACUUCAGCAAACCUCUCAGAUUCGUUUAUACAGAUCCCCAGUGAAUGUGACGACACAGAUGAAUGCCUAUCCUCACCGUGUAUCCAUGGAGAUUGUAACGAUGAUCUGAACGGCUACACCUGUUCCUGUGAAGAUGGUUACCACGGCGACAACUGUGACGUCAAUAUGGAUGACUGUCUGGAGAACGAGUGUACUAACGGGGGCACGUGUGUAGAUGGUGUGGCAGAAUACACGUGCAGGUGUACACCCGAGUACACGGGACAAUACUGUGAUGCUAAUUUAGUUCACGGACACUGGACCGCAUGGGGUAACUGGACAGAGUGUUCUACGUCAUGUGGACCAGGGGAGAGAACUCGCGCCAGACGUUGUGACAACCCACAACCACAGAAUGGCGGAGACGACUGCGAGGGUUCAGAGACAGAGGUCGGGGCCUGCGAUACAGGAGAAUGUCCAGAAUGUUCAAAAGUAAGUCCCCCUGAGCACGGCGAUCUGGAAUGCACGGAUGUCAACAGUACAAGACUGUGUCAGCUGAAAUGUGAAGACGGCUAUGACUUCGACCGAUCCCCACUGUCUGUGUAUAAGUGUGGGCUGGAGACGGGAUACGAAUGGAGCUAUGUUACCGAGGACAACCCACAGGGACGAUUCCCCAAUUGUAUUGCGAUAGAGGAUCCGGAUGAAUUAGAGGUAAAAUUCGAGGAAGAGUAUGAAGACCUGGAAUGCAUUGAUGACAAUGAGGCUGACCGGAAGUCAAAGGUGUUACUGCGCGCCAGAGAAGAAGCCAAGGCUCUGCCUUGCAUCAAAGAUAACACGUGUUACAUCAAAGACAUACGUACGUCUACUUGUGAUGCUGAACAGCGUCAGAAGAGGGAAAUUACCCACAUGGGAUUUGUUAUAACGCUUGGGACAAGUCCAGCUCAAAAGGGUCUACAAAGCAGUCUGGAGGGACUCAACACAGCCCUUCUUCAACUGAACUCCUCCGCAAUAGCAGGGGACUUCACCGUGAAGAUAGAUGGCGUGGACUACCUACUGACAGGCGCCCCUGUUGUUUCUGGCAGCGUCACAUGCAGUGUGGGAUGGACCAGGGUUGACUUCUAUUGCAUUCCUUGUGGUCCUGGAACCUUCUACAUCAACGGCUACUGUGAACGAUGUGACAUCGGCCGCUAUGGCAACGUCACGGGGGCGACAUUCUGUCAUGCAUGUCCGAAGGGCAAGUCCACACCUGGGAGGUCUUCCUUGAGUAUCGAGGAAUGCACAGUUGAUGUGCAUCUUCCGAAAGAUUUCCCACUGGCUAUUGUUGUGGGUGUAACAACGGCUUUCCUGAUCACAGCAGUGUCCAUUGCUGCAUACUUCUACAGAAAAUGGAGGCAUCAGAAGAGGAAGGUCAAUGCACUGAAGACUGUUGUCGAAGAUAUGUCUACGGGAGGACAAAGCAUACCCCUGAAUAUCAGAUUCAAACCCGGUGCUCCAAAUUCAGUUAUAGAAGCAUGGACCCACAUGGCCUACCCAGAUGACCUAAGCAGGGACGAUUCAGUUUGUUGGGCCACACAGAUUGGUCCCAUAACAACUGAAGCUCCACCUCCGUACAGUCAGUCUUCUGUCCCUCUAACACAGAAAAGAUCCAACACACGCACGGGUCAUCACCAAGCUGGCAGUCCAGCUAUGGAUAUUGAUACAGAUGGUGCUCAAGUGCUGGGGACGGACACAGGAAGAUCAGAACGAGACACAGCAUCUAGGACAUCUCAACUGAGCAUUCAACACGUUGACAUGAACUUUGAUAGAAAGAAUUCGAUCUCGGUGUUUGAUUUAAACUCUGACACAAAAUACUAAAUUGUUCCUGAUAGUAUUGGAAAUUGCUCAGAGGCCUAUAACCUCUUGUUGUGUCGGCACUUUUGCAAACUGUAUAUAAUCCCUCAGACUAUUAAGCUACAUUACAAAAAUGCUCUCCGGGCACAUUUUUGUCCAAAACUGAGGAGGGAGUUGGGAGUAUAAUUUUCUUUUGAAAACAAAGUAAAGCGGGAGGAACGCUUAUAUUUGUCAACAAAAAACAACUGGUCACACUUUAAACUCGGCUCUUUCACACUAUGUCAGUUUUCAAGCAUGUAAUUGUUAUGCUAUUUUUUUAAAUGAAAUUGUCCUCAUGCUUAUCUAAGAGACGCUUCGAAAAGUUCGAAAAGUGGUACCAUCAAUUAAUUUUUUUAUACUUGAUACAUGUCGUCACAAUAUGGCUGAAAUAUUGCCAAUGUGACCUUAAAUAUUAACUGACUCACUCUCUCUUUAUCCAUGUUAUUUAACUAAGUGCAUCAUGGCUGCAAUAGGGACAAGAUUUCUCAGAAACUCCUGAAGUUACAUGAAACUUCGCAAGCUCAUCAACCAGACAAGACUAGGCUUAUCAAGACUGAGUAAGAAAAUGGGUGCCAUAAAUUAUUGAUUUUUCAUUGUUACGUCCAUUGCUACAUGUUUUAAGUGUGUGUGCAUCCUCUCGUCAAUGAGGAAAAGUUAAACGUGAAACUACCUGAAAGUUUGCAAAACCUUUAAGAGAUACUUGUCAAGACUAAAGCUUGGUGCUGUAAAUUGUAUUUUUACAGAGUUACAGCCCUUGAUCCAUGUUAUUUUACAACGUGCAUAGUGGCUGCAAUGGGGACGGGUUUUGUUCGGAAACUACUAAAGUUACAUGACUGAAACUGUGUGUGCAUUUUAUCUAAGAGAUAGUUAUCAAGACUGAGUUAAAACAUUGAUGCAAUAGCUCUGUGUGCAUAUGCAUACAUACUACAUAAUGAUCAAACAAAAUUGCAAUGCCCCAUGGCGUGGAUAGUGAUAAUGAUGUUUUCUUGUUUUAAUAAUAACAGAGUUUGCCUCAUAUGAGGCUCGAAUUUUGAAAUUAUUUUGUAUUGACAAUAAAAGUGAUUGACGCGCAUGAUUUAAAGGGAAACAUUCCCUUGUUCUAGCCUGACGUAUCCCAUACAACAAAAAUGUUUUUUAUUCUUGUUAUGCGUGAUAGUGAGUGUACCCUAAUGAUCUUGGUUAUAAUGCCUAUACUUAUUUACGUAUUUACUUAUACCAUGCCUAUUUACUGUGUAAAUAUAACAACAAUUGUACAUUUUGUGCUGGAAACAAAAAUAUAAAUAAAGUAUGUUUUUAUUU